AUGUUGAGCCAUGUGAAAAAAUGCCGCGAAAUGGUUGAGUGGCAGUCAUUGACAAUUCUCAGCAAACUGCUUAAAGGAAGGUUACAAGCAAUCAUGGCAAUCGCCGACGAACAUGUAGGAACUUUCAAUCCUGAAGAAAUGAAAACUUCCCGCAAAAAAAGCACGCGAAAGGACGAAGUGAUUUAUGUGAAGUAUGUGCGAGCACGUGAAGCACUACAGAGCCGGAUCCUAAUGAUAUCGGAAGCUUUGAAAGAGGAGCGACUGAAUUUCCUAGUGAAGAAAAAUGCGAUAGGAAUGCGCGAUUUCCGCAUAAAUCUGGAUACAUUGAAAACUCGUGUGGUGCAGGACGAGGCCAAUGUGGAGCCCAGAAGAAAAAGGAAGAAGCGCCACCAUCAAUCGAUGCGAGAGGGCCACAGGGGCAAGAAAACGAUGUGGACCAGGAGCUAUUACGACAACCGCAAGAAUUAUGAUGGAGGCGGCGAACAGAAAUAUGCAUUGCCGACCGGAUGUUUAUGUUUACAUGACACAUAUUAUUAA